CAACAGAUCAACGAAAGAAUCAACAGUAUUCGGAUCGAUAAUAUUAAUCGAUUAAAGUUAUAUAUAUAUAGUGAUAAAUAUAGUGAUAUAGUUUUAUUAAAUGAUCUAUUAAUAAUGAUCUAUAAUAAUACAAAUUUGUGUUCUCCAAUAGAAGAUAUAAGAGCUGUGAUGAUUACAACAGUAUUGAUCACAAAAUACAUCAUCAAUAAAAGUGAAAUAAAAUUUUCUACGUAACUUUAUUUAGAAUACUAUUGAUGGUAUUCUAGAUUCAAAUAAUAUUAUAAUAAUAUUAUUAUAUAGUCAACUAUAAACAUUUUAUUUUAAUUCAAUUGAUAAAUAUAAUACAUUGGAAGUGUGUUAGUGUUUGAAAGAUUAAGAUUUCAAUUAGAAUUACAAAUAUUCAUUGAUAUCUUCCAGUGAAGAUUAUAAACAACACGAUUUAUAAUAAAUCAUAAAAUAUAUAUAUAUUUAUAUUUAUAUAUAUAGAUCAUUUUGUUGUUGUUGUAAAAAUGAAAGAAGAUCGAGAAAGGAUCAGAAGAUUGAAAGGUGAUGGUUUAUUACUACAAAUGGAUUCCAAUAAUCGAAUACUCGAGGUAACAGGAGAUGGUUGUAAAAUAACCAUGAGCAAAAAUUGUGGAAGCGUUCGUGUCGUCGGUGAUGGAUGUUUAAUCAAGGUCAAACAUAAUGCAGGUGACAUUGUAUACACUGGUGAUGGUGGUCGCGUUGUUUUGGGACCAAAAUCAUCGAAAGAUAAAGUUCAAUAUUUUGGGGUUGGUGGAAAAAUAAUUUUGGAUUCUGAAUCGAUGGAUGUUAAUAAUUCUAACGUGAAACAAAAUACCAAGGAAUCAUCUGCAACCUUGAAAAAUUAUCUUGGAAUGGAUAAAACGAAGAAAAUUGUGAAGAAAACGAAACAAGUUGACAAUUCUUCUGAUUCAUCGAAUUCUGAUACGAAAGAAACCAAAAAGGUUUCCAUUAAAAAUUGUAAUCUCAGAAAUGAGAUGAAAGAUAAAAAUAAUUGUAAAAUUCAAGAUAAAGACAAAGAAACGAAUAAUGCGAAACAUGAUAGAACUAUUUUUGUAACAACAACUACAACUACAACUACAACUACAACAACAAGCAACAACAAAUCUGGAAAUUUGUUCGAAGUUAACAAAUGGUUCGUUUCACCGACUUCGGUUGUACGAAGUUUUGUUGAAAAUGUUCCUACAGUAACUGUUUAUAAAAAAAAAGUUACGAAAAAUUCGACAAAAAAAUAAUUUAUUUUAUUUAUUUAUUAUUUAAUUUAUAUCAAAUCGAACACACAGGGUUAUAAUUUGGCUUGUCAUUUUCUUAAUUUGUUAUAUAUUCAUUGGAUACGCGUUAUAAUAAUUACAAAUGAGAUAAUCAUAUGAUUAUAACUUAAUGUUUAUAUCUUGCCAAUAUAGUUUAAAUAUCACACACAUGAGUGUUCUAAUAUAAUAAUAUUGUUUUUUUUUUUUUUUAAGAAAGAUUAUUUAUUAAAUUGACUGAUUUCAUGUAUACGAACCUACUACCUCAUACCAAAAUACUAAACGUAUUAUUAAAAUAUCAAU